CAUUCGACUGGUCGACCCCUGGAGGCCUGGUUGAUUUGACUAGCAGAGAGAGUCCGCCAUGGCUUCCGCUGGUGUGGCCACUGGGCGACAAGCCGAAGACGCUUUGCCGCCGUCGUCUGAGCCGCUGCCUGACACCAAAUCGCUGCCGCCUCCUCAGCCGCCGCCACCUGUCGCUGCGCCUCAACCUCAGCAGUCGUCCCGGCCUCAGUCACCCGCCCUCGUGAGGGAGGAAGAGAAUUACUCCUUUUUACCUUUGGUUCACAACAUAAUCAAAUGCAUGGACAAAGACAGCCCAGACAUUCACCAGGACCUCAAUGCCCUCAAAUCCAAGUUCCAGGAGAUGCGAAAGCUCAUCAGCACCAUGCCUGGCAUCCACCUGAGCCCCGAGCAGCAGCAGCUGCUGCUGCACAGCCUCAGGGAGCAAGUCAGGACCAAGAAUGAACUUCUGCAAAAGUAUAAGAGUCUCUGCAUGUUUGAAAUCCCCAAGGAGUAGAGUGAGGCUGACUUCAGGAAUGCCUAAGAAAGAAGGGAGUGGCAAACAUCUUCCCACCCCAGUGCUCCCUUGGAGUAUGGUUCCUUUAGACCCCAGCUGUGAACCUCAGAGCCAGCAGGCUGCUUGGUCAGCAUUGACUGUAGGGAGCCAACAAACUAGGCUCCUUUGGGGCUCCCUUGUGUCUAGAUGCUUGACAACUUGAGUCCCUGCUGGUGGCAGUCGGAAUGUUCGUGGAGGCUGGGAAGUGUGGAGGACUCUGCCCUGCCUCUGGGGAGGAGCCUCUGCUGUGUGUGUGCCCUCACUGGCAGAGCUGAAGAGCACAGUGGGAAAGGAGGCAGCUCGAAGCUUCCUUCUCUCCCUCUCCUCCCACCCCCAGUAUGCUCAGAGUGUACCAGGUACAUAUUGUUCCUAUUAACUCCAGUUUCAUGAAACAUUUGCAUAGAAUUCACUGAAUGAAUUAGGCCUGCACUCAUAUGGGGUGCAUUUCAUAUGAUAAAAGAAGGCUGUGAGAGAAUGAACAUUGUUUUGAAAGGUCAGAGGGGGACUUUUUCUCCUGAAACAGUUUGGUUCCUUUUAUGUUUUAGCCAGUGAAUUGAACUGUAUCCAUGGGGAGUAUCAGCCCAGAGCCCUGCCAGGCAGCCCCCACUUCCAGGUUCCCUACCUCCUCCAGGUUCUGAUAUUCAGCUCAUGUUCCCUUCAUCUCCUGUCAUCUUUGAUUAGUGCCCAAGAAUGGCCAAACCACUUCAUAUCCACAAUGCUUCCUGGAUUUGGUGAGAUGCUGUCUUUCUGUGCAGGUUCAAGCCAGUUUUCCAGCGAAUAGAUCUUCCCUCUUCUGGCAUUUUAGUUUCACAUCGACCUGGUUUCUGGUUUAAAAAAGUAUUCCCCCCCUCCGGCCUUCUCACUUAAGAGUCAGUAACAUUUACUGCACUGUAAAGGGUUCAUGAUGCACUUUUUGUUUAGAGAAAAGGCCUGUCUAAGUAAUAGUUCAGAAUGGUCCCUCGGCAGGGUGAAGUAGACCUGGAAGUUGCCCAGCCAAGUUCUAGCUCUUCAAUGUUUAUAAACUGCCCUUGUUCUCUCCCAGCUUUUCUGAUUUCUUCUAGAUAGGACAUUUUAUUUGUGUGCUGUCCCCUUGACUGUCAAAUUGAGAUAAGAGCAGUUCUUCCCUUGCCUCUUAAGGAUAAAGUGAGAAGUAACUGAAUAUUGUUUGCGUCUAGAAACAAGCACAUAACCUGUGCUGACCAGUCCAGGGGCUUAGCAGCUGCCUGCCAACUGACCUCGUUGGCAGGAGUAUUGGUUGGAGAUGUUUUUAGCAGAGUUCCAGUGGUGGUGACCUGCAGCCACCUGUCAGAAAGAGUCUGGUGUAUUAGGAAGAAGUGUGUGUGAAGGAGAUUAGAUUUCAGUGGCUUUGGGCAGAAAAGCAGACUCUGAAUUUAAGUGGAUAGUCACCUUUUAGACCAGUUCUAUCUUGGGAUUAUUACUUAACUGAAUCAGUUAUUUUCAUGAAAUUUCAGAGUAGUGGGCAAGCCACUCUUAAGGCUCUGCCCAAAUACCAUGAAACACAAAGCACAUAAAAAUACAAGACCAUCAAGGUCUUUCUGCAGUGCAAGACUGAAAUGGAGAAAGCCUCCUCACAGAGGCAGAGAGAGAUAGGACCUUUCCUGUGUUCCAGUGUUUUGAAUUGUGACAUUUUCCAAUUGUAUAAAAUUAUACAAUUGUAAUCUUAUAUAAUUAAAAGAACUUACACUCUG